AUGAAACUCGCCAUGCUUCCGGGAGGUUGUUCUAACAAUCGAAGGAAUUGGGUAUACGACACGAGCACCGUUCGUUACAUAAGUUCAUCCGAAGAACAUGGAACUGGGAAAGCGAAAAAAGUUCGUUCGGGCUCUGAAUCUCGGUCAGGGUCUCAGUCGAGUCGAUCCCGAUCCCCGACUCGUUCAACGACCGGGAGUCCUCCAUCUUCCGAUUCCAGUACUCGUUCGGAUUCUCCCAGAUCUGCGAGAAUAUCAAUACCGUCAACUGUUGCACCACCCGCUCAGCAAACAGCAUCAUCAACUCUUGCCGUUUAUUCUGAGGAUCGCCGACCUCUUGCUAUUUGUGUGAGAAAUUUACCCACUAGAUCGAGUGAUACUUCGUUAAAAGAUGGUCUUUUUCACGAGUACAAAAAACAUGGGAAAGUCACGUGGGUGAAAGUAGUGGGAACAGCAAAUGAAAGAUAUGCAUUAGUAUGUUUUAAGAAACCGGAAGAUGUGGAAAAAGCAAUUGAAGUUUCUCAGGAUAAAUUGUUUUUCGGUUGUAAGAUCGACGUGGCUCCUUAUCACGGUUACGACGUAGAAGAUAACGAAGCUCGUCCCUACGAUACUGAAUUGGAUGAGUAUCAUCCGAAAGCGACUCGAACUUUGUUUAUAGGAAACCUCGAGAAGGAUGUGACCGCUGGAGAUAUUCGACAGCAUUUCGAUCAGUUUGGAGAAAUCAUUGAAAUAGACAUUAAAAAGCAAACAGGUGUGACUUCUUCUUACGCCUUCUGCCAAUAUGCAGAUAUCGGUAGUGUAGUUCAAGCCAUGCGGACAUUAGAUGGCGAACUUUUGGGAGAAUCCAGGUUAAAGUUAGGAUUCGGUAAAUCGAUGGCUAGUAGUUGUGUGUGGAUUGCGGGAGUGGCUGAACAAGUGUCGGACAAAUAUUUAGAUUUACAAUUUCGUAAGUUCGGGCCGGUAUCCCACGUAGUGAUAGAUAGAGAAAGAGGACAAGCGCUCAUUUUCUACGAGCAAGUUUCUGCCGCUGCUGCCGCCGUGAAAGAAAUGAGAGGAGUUCCAUUGAGGGGUAAUCGCAUUCAAAUAGAUUUCGCUUCGCGAGAAUGCCAGGAAGCCUUUUACGAAAGAAUCGACAUUCAGGGACGGGAUAACAAUUGGAGUUCGUUUGAUUCUUCGAGAUCUGAAAGGGAUAUUCUAUGUUCUCGAUACGAUUCUUCCCGGUUUCGAUACGAGCCGGCGCGAAUUCGUUCGAGUUCUUAUUCACGGAGCUCGGGUGGACGAACUCCUCGUAGGCACGAGGUUUACGAUUCUCCAAGGUAUAAGAGCUACGAAGAAUUAAGUCCGAGUAGUGAUCACGAUGAGUACGGAUCAAAUGAACCCGCGGAUUUAAGGCAUCUUCAUAAGGAACGAAAUCACUUACAGCACUUACUCGAUCAGUUAGAUAGGCCUCUUAGAUCGGUAACGGCUGCGGAUCAAGGUUUAGUUGUAACUACACAUAAUCAUCGAAGGCGAUUAUCAUCUCAUCAGAAAUCUACGGGAGAGGGGCCGGCUCCUCUGUGCAAACGAAGGAAAACGGGAAGUACAAGUGAAGAUGAAAGAAGGAAGCAACAUCAUCAUCAUCAUUCGGGGGAUGAAAGAAGAGCAGGAACUCCUUUAUUCGAUGAAAAGCCGGAUAACAUUCAACCCCAAGAACCGAGACGCAUGCCACGAGAAAGACCGGAAGAACCUUUAUCUUUACCUCUUCCACAAUUUGCUGCUCAUUGUUUUUCAAAUGCAAAGUCAGCUUGUACUCCAACUGCAUCGUUGCCUCAAACAACGACCGUGCAGCAAGCGCCACCUGCUUCACCUGUUCGUCCUCCUUCUCCAUCGUCUACGACUUCUUCAUCAGAGAUAUCUCCUCAAUCGCCCACCUUAGAAGAAAGAAUUCGUUCACUCGAUGAAAAGUAUGAAAAAUGGACCGGGAGAACUCUUCAACCUCCUACAAAACCAAAGCACCGCUUAUUAGAUGUGGACGUUCGAGAAUUACAACCGUCGGACAUAGUGAAAUCCGUACUCGCCAAGCCAAGUGUUUUUGACGAAGACUCUAAAAGAUUAGAAAAUUUCGGUGAAAAAUACGAACCUCGUGAUUUUUCUUCGUAUCCGCGAUCAGUGGGAUUAGACGUUCAAAGAUUUGUUCCGGGUGAUCCGCGUAAUCCAUCGUAUAUCUCUAAUCUUUCAGUUAAAGUGUCUCCUUUAAAUUCUCCGUCUGGAGCUUUGUUGUCACCGUGUCCAGCUGCUAAAGGCCUCCAGUAUCCGUUUCCUUCUCAUCCACCGGUGCAGCCUACCACAAGUGUUGCGACAACCACGGCAGGUUCCUCUCCGCCUCCAACGACUGCUUCCAGGCCGAUUUCAAAAAGUGUGGAAUUUUCAGUUCAAAAAGCUGAAUCCUGGUUGGGCAUAACGAAAAGUAACGAAUCAUCAACAUCUAAGGAUAGUUUGAUUUCCGGUGGCUUCGCCCAAAGGUUCAGAGAACUUCAAAAUAAAACUUCUGAAGGAGCGCCGCCCCAAAGACAAAAUGUUUCGAAAUUAACGGAUCUUGUGACGCAAAAAAUAGACAUUCCUGCUCAAAAAUCAGUGGAUCCUAGAAUAGAAAAACCAAAUUCCUUAACUACCACUACUUCAGUGCUUUCACAAAGGAUAAUAGUUAAAAGUAGUGACGGUGUUGAUGUAAUUAAAAACGAAGCAAAUUCUCAGAAACUCAAUGUAUUAGGCAAUAGCAGUAGCAGUAAUAGUAAUAGUAGCACUAACGUUAAUAACAAAAGUGGUAAUUGCAAUCCAAACAUCAAAUCAAACAAUUCCACAAACAUUAGUUCUAAAAAUAAUAAUAAUAAUAAUAAUAAUAAUCAUAACAGCAAUAGCAGUAAUAAUAAUAAUAAUAAUUAUAUCAAUAACAACGAAAAUAAUAGAAGCGUUAACAGUGUCAAUGUCAACACCGACAAAAGAGAGUGCAUUAAUAAUGAGAAUGUAUAUUUUAAGAAAGACGAUGUUUUUAGCAAAGAUGAUGAAGAGUGCAAGGACAGAACGGAUUCUGACUCUGCAAAAACAAAUCGGUCGAUGAACAACAACAACAACAACAACAGUGUCGGUAAAUCGGAAGACGUUAAUACGAAAAAUAGUGAUAGUAGUUCUUCAUCGUCAAAUAAAUUAUUAUUAUUAAAAACUGAGACUACAGAUUUGCAACCAAAAAUUACGAUUGAUGCUAGCGACGAAAUAAUAAGUGGUGUGGCGUAUUCGUCGGAUAGUAGUGCUUCUGAAAAUCAAACCGCGAACAAAAAGAACAAAAUAAAUUCCGAGAGCAUCAUCAGCCGUGGUAGUGUUUUUAAUUCCAGUGAUAAUAAUUCAAAUUUAGAAAUAAAAGAAUUGACAGAAACAAAUGCAACCAAUCAGAACUGUGAAAGUACAAAGAAGGUAGAUAGUAGUAGUUUAAUAAAAUCGAAUAUUUCUCAAAGUAAAACAGCGAAUGUGAUAUUAGCGGAAUCGGAAGAGUCUUCUCGGAGCUCUUCGAUUCAUGAUUCAAUCAAAUCGGGAGCCGCGAUGAAAACAAAUACAAAUGGUUCCUCGGUGAAAACGGGUGGUUCAAUUGCUUCAAAGAUCUCAAUAAAUAGUGUUAAAUGUUUAAAUGAUGCCGAUAAAUCGUUAUCGUGUAAAUCAUCAUCUUCUGUACAUAAAGAUGAAUUAGGUAAUUUUCAUAUCCGGGAUAGAGAGAAUAGCGGAGAUGCUAAUGAUAAAUUAAAUAAAUGUUCAACAAAGGAAAAGGACAACAACAAAAGUAUGUUUGUCAAAGAGGAUAGGAUUGUUUGUAGGGAAAGUGAAAAAGACAAAAUUAAAGAUAAAAUUUCUGGGGAUAAAGAAAAGGAAAAGUCUGGCGUGAGAGAUAAGCACAGGGAAAAAGACAUGCCGGAAAAUGUUGAUAAAGAGAGGAAAAAAGAUCGUGAGGUGGAGUCGGAAAGAAAAAAAGACAGAGAGUCCAUGGAGGUGAUUGAAAGGGAAAAAAGGAAAGAACACGAAUCGGAAAAGGAUAGAAAAAAGGAUCAGUUCGAUGUUUUGGAUAGGAGAAAAGAUGUCGGUUUGGAUAAGAAACCGCAAGAUAUGGAAAGAGUCAAGAGAAAAGAGGAAGAAAAAGAAAAGGAAAAGGAAAAGGAAAAAGAGAAGAAAAGGGAAAAGGAAUUAUUAGAAAAAAGAAAGGAUUUUUAUUCUUUGGAAAGGCAUAAAAAAAGUGGCGUGGAUGAAAAGAAAAAAGAGAGCGUGGAUGUUGAUGGGAAAAAGAAAGAUAGAAGUGGAAAUCAGCCUAUUAGCAUAGGUAAUAAAAGGCGAAUGAGUUCGCAAGAUGGAAUUGAAAACAAUUCGGAGGAAUCUAAAAAAGUUAAAACGGAGCACAAGAGAAGGGAUUCCAAAGAAUGUAAGAGUAACGUUAACACUAUUUUGAGUUCUUCUUCGAGCAAUAAUAAAAUCAUAAAAGUUGAAACCAAAUCGGAAACAAAAUCAAAUAACGAGUACAAAUACAAAUCUUCAACGGCCGAAUCGUCGUCGUCGUCGUCGUCGUCGUCUGUUCAUAAAUCGGGAGAUUCCAGGACUCAAGAUUAUAAUAAAAGAAAAGAAGAUUCCGAGAGGAAAAAAUCAUUAUGUGAAAACAUUGAUAAAAAGAAAGAUGGUAAAAAAAUUCAAAUGAAAUUGGAGGAUGUUUCGAAAACUUCAAGUGAAGUUCAAGGAGGAGGAAGGAGUAGUAGAGAAAAUGAAAAAAGUUUUGAAGUGACGGAAAACGAACGAAAACAUACUAGCCAUGGUAAAAAAGAAUCCAAGGAGAGAAAAAAAUCAUUCAAACACGAGUUCGGGAGUACGGAGUCCCUCGUCGAAGAUAAAAAAUUUCAGAAAAAAGACAGGAAAAGUAGCAGCGAGAAAAGAAGAGAGGAGGAAACAUCCGAAGGAAAACAACGAUCGAAAGAAAAGACGAAAAGCGAGUCGAAGAAAGAAAAUGGACAUGAUACGGAUAGUGAUUCUGAUUCGGAACCAAAGAAACAUUCUAUUUUCGACGUGGUGUUAGACGAACCUGCUUAUAUUUCCAUGUACGAUAAGGUGAAAGCCAGAUCGUGUAAAAACAUGCAGAAGCAGGAGGAGGAAAAAAGACAAGUGAAACUCAAGGAAAAAUUUAAUCAGUUGAAGCAAUCGAGAGCGAAACGAGAAGAAAAAAAGAGGAGCACUUCUUGGGAUGACGAUUCUGAUUCCGACUCCUCGCAAAUUGGGAGAUUGCCGAGGAGAUCGUUUUCCAGGCUUAGCAGCGAGGAUGAAGGCAUCAGCAAGAGAGAGAAAAAGAUAUCGGAAUCAUGGGAUGGCGAAAGUCGACGUUUGAAAAAAUCAUACGACACAUCUGACGAUGAAGGAAUCAAAAUAAAAAGCGGAGUACUCAAUUCGGACGUGUUUUCGGACGAAAGCGACGUGGGUUACACGGAAAAUGAAGAAAAACAUCAUCGCAAGUUAAACGUGAAAUCGAAAUCGAAAAACGUUUUUGAAUUGUCCGAAGAGGAAAGCGUCAAAAAACCCAUUUCAUCUUCGAAGGAAAACUUUCAAACGAGUUCCAAACCUGAAAAAAUAGACAAUAAAAAUAAAGUUAGAUUAUCGUUGGACAGUUCGACCGAUAGGUUCUGUUACGAGAGUAAAAGCAAGAAAAGAACACUCACAGAGUGCGUAAGCGAAGGUGAGCCUAGUUACAUUUUAAUGGGAAAAACAUCGGAUAAGGGAGAGAGAAAGAAAUCUAAGAAAAAGGACAAAAGGCAAAAGUCAAUAGAAUGCGACUCUAAAAUUAUAACCGAAGAAGAAUACAAUUCGAGUGCCAAAGGAGAGCAGGGAGAUUCGAAAUGUGGAAAGUUGGAAAAACAAGAGAGACGAAAAUCCAUUCAACACAAUGAUAUUUCGGAAGAAAUGUUUAAACACAAGAAAAGUAAAGGGUUAAAGGGGAAUUCCCUUUACGGAGUAACGCCUAAAGUCGAAGAUCGUAAAUACAGUGAAGUUUUCGACAAUUUUUCAGAUGAUUCCAACGACAACCGAUUGAUCGCGAAACCGGAAGUCAAUAGAGAAAAGGGAAAUUCCUCCAAGUGGCAAGUGGCUCAAGUAUACGGAUCCGAUUCGGAUUCAAAUUUGGAUGCAACCGAACACCACGUGUUAAUGGAUAAACCUAAAAAGACGAAGGAAAAAAAGAAAAAAGAUAAAAAGGUCAGAGAGCACAGUGAAGAAUUAUUGGAAGCGGGGCGAGCAUUGGAAAAAAUGUUGGCAUCGCCACCGUCUCGUCGGAGUUCCGAAGACGUGAACAAAUAUUGCGAUAGUAAUGAAGAUUUCGGCGAAGAAAAAGUGAAAGUCAGUAAAAAGAAAAAGAGGAAAAGAUCCAAAGACGAAAAAUCAAGCCGGCAUUCUCAUCAUCACCACCACCACCAUCACCAUCACCAUCAUAACUUCUCCGAAAAGCCCGACUCAUCCGCACCCUUGUUGGAAACGAAGUUGGAAAACACAUCUUCCGUAAAUGUUGCUCACAUUUCACCUGUGUUGCCUUCGUUGAUUGAUAUUCCGGUUUCUCCGUCCCCCGUGAAGCAAGAACCGAUUUCCUCACCCGUAUUAUCUCCGAAAAUGGAUUUAAGUCCUAUUGAACCAGAAAAAAAUAUUCACGGUUUCGGAUACGAAAUAGAUGAGAAAGCGCACGAAUCAGCCGUUCAGAGUAUCGCUUUAUUAGAUGUUGCUAAAGUCGAGCCUAAAAUAGAAAGUAAAGAUUCCAAUGAAAUGUCUUUAGAAAAAAGAGAAGAAAAUAAAGAAAGGACGGUUAUAUCUCAGGAAGAAACGGAAGAUGCUGUUGCUGCUUUACUUGGCGAAACGUUUACUUAUUCGUCUUGCUUCGAGGGUAACUCUCCUGUAGAGUCUGAACCUGAACCGCACGACGAAGAGGAAAUGCGCCAAGCUGUUCAAAGUUUAAAUGAAGGCAAACCUGAUACUCCUCAGUCUGAAUCAGGUUUACAAAUUGAUACGGACGCCGAUGAAUCUGACGAACAUUUUAACGGCUUACGCUUCGAGUCUCUUCCUCGAACUCCAGAUUUGGAUUUGUCUCAACCUCCUAAAACUCCUGAUAUUCAACAACCUUACGUUGUGGAAUCGAAAACCGCAGAGUUUCCUAGAAAAGACACAACUAGAAAUUCGAGAGAAGAAAUGGAAGUUCCCAUUGUCGAUCCAUCAUCUCCAGAUACUUUGCUGGGUUACCAAAAUCCAGAGAGUGAAAUUAAGGAUAAAGAUAUCGACUUGAAGCCACCUGUGUUGAAACCCGCUUCACCCAAAUUCUACAAAGAUGAACCGCCAACAAUUGAGCCUAUUUCUUCGAUAAAUAACACGGACAGAAUAUUCGUGGAAAAUCGAUUGCUUUUGCAUCCUCCGCCCUUGGUACCGGUGGCAAAAUCGAUUCCGAUUUCUGCGCCGAAACCCUCGGCCAAUCUGUCUGUCGUAAGACCCGUAAUUUCGCUUCCCACAAGUAGCACACCUCAAACUUUGGUGCUUACCCCUAUAAAACCUUCGAUUGCCGUAAGCGAAUCGCAUUCUACUCCUCAAAUCCCUAGAAAAACGUUUACGAUUUCUUCAACUUCAACAAUACCUACGCAGUCAUCGAUUCCUCCUACUCUGACUCCAGUUACUUCGUCUUUUAAUACUCCUGUCAAACUUGCAACUUCUUGUAAUACAGAAUCAUUGUCUGCUCCAAGGCUUACAACUACGGCAACCGUUGUUAGUUCUCAACACAUACCAAGCCACGUAAUACCUCAAAAAAUUAUUCUUCAUCAAGUUUCUAGACAAGUGCCAACGAGGUUGCUACCGACUCAAGGUUCCGUGGUAAAAGUAGUGGAUUCAAAUGUAAACUAUCAGAAAACUCCAAAUGAUAUGCCUGCUCUCACUUUGUCAGAACAAAUGAACUCGAAUCACUGUACUAUAACAACGUCGUUACCAGUUUCUGGGCCCCCCUUAAUUCAGUCAUCUACGACAUCUACAGCUUCAUUUAACACCGUGACGUCAGAAGAAUCACCGUCUACAUCCGUGAUUUCCGUAGUUCCUCGCUCUUCACAUAUUCCUGGGUCAUCUCAGGGAUACACUCGAAACGUUAGUAAUGCUGACGUUGUAAACGUUGUUUCCACUUCUCGUAGCACGUGUACAUCUGUUCCGUGUUCUGGAAUUACUUCCGUUAUAUCAGUUCACUCGAAUAUAUCGGAAACAAAAAGUUUACCUUUGAAUUGUCACAACGUCAUUCAACAGAAUGUGAUUUCCACGCCGAAAAUAAUAGGCUAUUCUUCCCAUCAUAACACACGUGCAACGGAUGAAUCCGUUUCCGAAACCAAUCUCGUUGAAGAGAGUAAAUCGACGGUAGCAAAUUUGACGAGGCUCACAACGGUUAUCGAAACCAAACACACAGAAGAAGCAGGUAAAUUAGAUGAUACAUCGGAAGAUGUUAUGAAUUUAGAAACUGAUUCAGAGGCAAUUCAUUCCGAGGAUAAAGAGAGUGAAAAAGACGAAAAUGAAAAAUCCAAAUUGUUGUCAGAAAUGGAUUCUAUGGAGAAACACGUCGAUCGAGACCAACCCAUUUCUUAUUUGAAAGAACAACAGACGCAUAUAAUUACCAACGUUCCUUUGGAAAUAAAAGAUCACAACAAUGAAUCCGUUAUUAAGAAAGUAGAUUCUUUAUGCAGCUUGAAAUCAGAUGAUGGCGCCGUGGAAAAUGCAGACGCGUGUGACAAGUCUGAUGCUUCUUCUGUUAAUUUAGACGAUUCUCUCAAAUUACUAUCUUCAGAAGAAGAAAAUAAACAAGUUAAUUCUGUCGCGUCAAGAAAAGGCAGGAAGAAAGGAAACAGGGGUGGAACUUCUUGUCGCAAGGGAAGAAACAGUAAUGGAAAUAAAACAGAAGUAUUGUGUGGAAGACGCGGAGGGAAAGCUCAAAAAAUGGGAAGAUCAGGAAACGAUUCGGAGAAAAAGCAAUCAAAAGAUAUUUACGAAUUUCACGAUGAGUCUGAUGAUGAUGCGAAUGAUGAUAAAGACAGGCCCAGGUUAAUACUCACUAUUAAAAGUCCCAAUAGUAGCAAAGAUCAACCGACAACGGCUCCGAAGGUACCCACAGCAGCCAACAAGAGUCCGAAAGAGGCACUUCCAUCUAAAAGUCCUGAACAUAAGUCUCCUGAAAAAGAUGGCAACGUUUUGAUGAAUACAAGGAAAUCUCGACGUUUGCAAGAAAAAGACGGAAACCGAAAUACAGUGGAUGACGUCAUAGAAGAUGUCGUAAGAAAUGGUACGAAUCGAAACGCAACUUCACCCCGUCGCUCUUUGAGGCAAGUGAACAAACCGGGUCCCACUUUGCCAAUUAAAAAAAUUGCUACAAGAGCUGCUAAAAAAUCCACGGGAUGCACUUCGACGGAUGACGAAGCAAAAGAAGAAAAUGUUGGUGUAAUCAAAUCAUCGGACUCGUCGUUCAACGAAGAAAAAGAAAUGACACCGACGACAAAAAUGGUAUCGACGGCUAAAGAUGAACAAGAACCUGAGGGUGAAACAAGUGAUGAAGAACCAACGACUUUAAUUGAUCCAGUCACAGGAAUGUUGAUUGUAAUGAGAGCAAAAGAAGAAGGAAACUACGUUCCGGUGGCUAACGUACCGCCUAUAGCUCCACCAACUCCUCCUCCGCCACCAUCAAAAACGGAGGCUUUACCGAUAGUGACCGAAGGGUUGGCCAGUCAUUGCAACAAAGUCAAUCCGGUGUUUAUGAAUCGUCCGCCAACUCCUCCUACAACACCGCAAGCGAGAAUGCAAGAGCCGGUAACACGGCUCCCGGUGGAAAUGAUGAAAAAAGUUGCCGGAGAACAAAUGAUGGAUCAGGAAUCCAAUAAACCUGAUUUAGAAAUAAACAAAAUCCACCCGUAUCCGAUUGAAUUGUCAAAGCAAAAGAUUUGCCACGUUGAACAGGCUAAAAUUUAUCCCGACAUAAACAGAGUAGAAUAUAACGACGGAAGCAGGACUGCGAGUAUUCCCGAAUCGCGGAAAAUCCUUCGACCCAUUUCGAAAACUCCGACGGCAAACAAAACGAGUUUUUGUUCGAAAGGCGUCUCCAUUUUAACUUCUCCCAAUAAACAAUUGUAUCAAAAUCCUAAACACAUAAAAAUGUCGCCUCAAAAUCAAAUAUUGACCGGAGCUGUUGCAAGUUCUCCUCCGCGAGUCGUCAAAACAACUCCUCCUUCUCACGAACUUCAUCCAAUGACCGGAGCCGUUGCUAGUCCUCCGCCAAGGGCUCCGCAUUUGACGAGUCAGCAACCCAUCGUAACGGGAGCAUCAAGUUCGAGAGCUUUGGUCGAUCCACCUAAAGGAGCCGGAGCUAGCCCUCGAGGAAUGACGUUGCCACCUUACGAAGCUACUUUGCAAACUCCUACUCAAAAUUUGCAAAGUCCUCCUCCAGCACAUCAACAGGGUGAAGGAAUUAAUAUGAGUCACAUAGGGCAUCCUCCAUUUGUUCAUCCUCAGUUAAUGUAUCAACAAUACCUUCGAGCUCAAGAAAUGCUUCCCUCUCCGUACCAGUUGACAUCUUCGUUACAGGGAAAACUGGAAGAGAGAGAAAGAGAGAGAGGAGCGGGAGACAUGGGAAGGAGUCCUCCGCUCGAAUUACGUAAUCAAAGAGCGACGGAUUCUCCCACGGUGUACAUGGGCCGUCAACAGUACUCUCGAUAUUACGAAGACCCACCUCCGGCUCAUUUGCACGCCGGUCGUCACAUACAUCAAACUCCAGAUGCUCCCGGACAGCCGAGACUUCAAAUAGCGACUCCACCUCAUGCUUCCCAAGUACCUCCUCAAGCGGAUUCACUUUUGAUGCUAUUGCAGAGGUAUCCCAUCAUGUGGCAGGGAUUGUUGGCUUUGAAAAAUGAUCAAUCCGCGGUUCAAAUGCAUUUCGUGUUUGGUAAUCCACACGUGGCGAGGGAUUCGCUACCGUGCAAUUCCGAUGGAUCCACUCCUCCGCUUCGCAUAGCUCAACGUAUGAGACUGGAACAAACACAAUUGGAAGGUGUUGCUAGAAAAAUGCAGAUGGAUAACGAGCAUUGCAUGCUAUUGGCAUUGCCAUGCGGUCGAGAUCACAUGGAUGUAUUGCAGCAAAGUACCAAUUUGCAAACGGGAUUCAUUACGUACUUGCAACAAAAACAAGCCGCCGGAAUCGUCAACAUAGCACAUCCCGGAUCGCAGCAGGCGGCUUACGUCGUGCACAUAUUUCCAUCUUGCGAAUUCGCCAAUGAAAAUUUAGCGAGAAAUGCUCCGGAUCUUCUUCAUCGAAUGCAAGAAAUACCUCAUUUAGUCAUCGUCAUUGCCACCGUGUAA